ACGCCGCGUCCCGCGGCGUACCGCGGCGUGGUGGCCAGAAGCGCGGCGAUGCGCAGCGCGAGGGGGCUCGGUGACCGCGCCCCGUGACUGACGACGACCCGGCGACGGCUCCAGGACGGCGGAGGCGGUCCGGGCGGUGCAGGGCAUGAUGACGUUGGCACUGCAGCAGCAGCACCAGCAGGCCAGCUGUCGCUUCAGCAGCAGCAACGGCAACAGGUUCGCCCCCAGCUCUCCGCUGCACGGCAGCAUGAGCAGCAGCAGCAGUUGCAGCAGCAGCAGCGGCUGCAGCGGCCGCGGCGCUUCGAGACACGGCGGCAACCCUUGCACACGGAGGUGCAAGGACGACGAGGACGUGGACGAGGACGGCGACGUGGACGACGAUGACGACAGCCAGUCGUCCGGGUCGGAGAGCGAGCAGCACGUGCCGCACAUCCUCGCCCCGCUCAGCCCGGCCUCCAUCUCAGUGUCCAGCCAGCCGGCCUUGUUCGUGUUCCCAUCAUCGCGCUCCUUGCAGGAGGCGGGUGCCGGCGCGCAGCGCGUCCCUCUGGGCGGCGCGGGGGCGGCGGCGGGCGGCGGCGCGCACGGAUCCCGUCGGUGCCUGCUGUGGGCGUGCAAGGCGUGCAAGAAGAAGACGGUCACGGUGGACCGCAGGAAGGCCGCCACCCUCAGGGAGCGGCGGCGUCUACGGAAGGUGAACGAGGCCUUCGAGGUGCUGAAGAGGCGCACGUCGACCAACCCGAACCAGAGGCUGCCGAAGGUGGAGAUCCUCCGCAACGCCAUCGAGUACAUCGAAAGCCUGGAGGACCUGUUGCAGGGCGCACAGAGCGCACCCGGCAGCGGCCCGCAGCACGACCUGGCGGCCACCACGCCCCUCUACGUGUCGGACCGAGGGGCCAGCUGCGUGGGCUCCUUCACGGACUCCAUCCACCGAUUCACCCCCUUGUCCGGAUGCCCCGCGGGCUCCGACGCGGACCCCCAGACGCCCUCGUCCAACGGCCGCGGCUCCGAGGCGGCGUCCGGCGGCGCGGCGUCGACCUCCAGCCUGGACUGCCUGUCCCUCAUCGUGCAGAGCCUGGCGAGCCACUCCUAGACAGUCCCACUGGCUCGGCGGCGGCCUCGGACACCACGGAGCAGCGCCCACCACGCUCCCGUUCCACUGGACAUGGGGUGUGUUUGCCCCGGGACUUCGCUGGACUUCGAGGAGCUCUGCAAGCUGUGCAAGCUCUGCCCGUCGACGCAGCGGUGUCCUACCCUGCGUUUGUUGGGUGGCCUACCCGACAGACCGAAGGUGCCGAAGGGGCUUGACUUGGCCGGCCCCUCGGCACCUGCAGCACCUUCAGCCUCGUCGGAAAGCCUCCGUGUGCCGAGCUCGGCCGGCCGAGACGGCGCUUUCCGUUCUGUAGCAAGUAGCUUGUGCCGUCACUACUGCGGAUCGACGAUCGUCAUUUUAAAGAAAUACUGCUGUGAUAAGGAAAGAGGGAGCACGGAGGGAUUUCCAUUUUCAGUUCUUGGAAAGCCUGAGGUUCUGGCUUUAGCAGCUUCUCUGGUUUCAAGGAGCUCUGGAUGAUUGUGCAUUUAGAUGCUCUGCAUUUUUGUCUCUGACACAUCGCUUAUUUAACACUUUAAUGUUCGUUUAUUCUUCGCUGAACAUGGAUAUGUCCUUGUUAAGAUUGUUAGAGAAUGAGUCUGAUUUAUUGUAAAGUAAUGAGCGCUUGCAUGUGAUGUUAAAACUAAGAAAUACAUAGUUUAUAAGUAAAUAAUAUUUUAUCACCAAUAAAGUACUGCCUAAAACGUGGUCGUUUCCUUUGUGCAUUUCGGACGCUGUUGAGUGAGUCGUCGAAAUGUUCGUGAGAAAAAUACAAGAUAGUCUGUGGACGGAAGAUUUUAUGCCCUGUUCUAUCUUUGCCUUCGACCUAGAACGUAAACACCCAAAUGGCCAAGAGGCAACGGCGAACCGUUAAGAUGGCCUUCUCGAACCAGCAACAGCAUUAAAUUUGUUGAUUCCAGAAACUAAAUUUGUACACUGUACACUGUAACAGCAAUUGAAG